CAGAAGUAAUUUGAAUAAUUAAUCAUUUUCGGCAGCUGCAGUGACAUGUCCAGCAUGAAUCCCAAAUACGAUUAUUUAUUCAAGUUACUUCUGAUUGGUGACUCUGGGGUUGGAAAGUCUUGCUUCCUUCUUAGGUUUGCAGAUGAUACAUAUACAGAAAGCUACAUAAGCACAAUUGGUGUGAAUUUCAAAAUAAGAAUAGAGUUAGAUGGCAAAAGUAAGCUUCAAAUAUGGGACACAGCAGGCCAAGAAAGAUUUCAAACAAUCACUUCCAGCUAUGACAGAGGAGCCCAUGGCGUCAUCGUAGUGUAUGAUGUGACAGAUCAGGAGUCAUUCAAUAAUGCUAAACAGUGGCUUCAAGAAACAGAUCUUUAUGCCAUUGAGAACAUCAACAAGUUGUUGGUAGGGAACAAGUGUGAUCUGACCACAAAGAAAGUAGUAGACUAUACAACAGCAAAGGAUUUUGCUGAUUCCCUUGGAAUCCCAUUUUUGGAAACCAGUGCUAAGAACGCAACGAAUGUAGAACAGUCUUUCAUGACCAUGGCAGCAGAGAUUAAAAAGCGAAUGGGCCCUGGAGCAACAGCUGGCAGUGCAGAGAAGUCCAAUGUUCAAAUUCAGAGCACUCCAGUGAAGCAGUCAGGUGGAGGUUGCUGCUAAAGUUUGCCUCCAUCCUUUUCUCACAGCAAUGAAUUCACAAUCUGAACCCAAAA